CCAUGAGCAACGCAUGCAACGACUGCUGCAAGCCAAGCCUCAGAGCCCGCCUUCCCCUGCCUCCACCUCUCCCUCCUCGUCCUCCACCUUGCCCUCCUCUCCUGCUCUCACCAGCAGUGCUGCUGUCGAUGACUCAGGCUCUGCCGUUUCCUCUGGGAAUGGGUCAUCAGCUGCUGCUGCUGCUGAUGGGAACGCUGCAUUAGGGGAAAAGGAAGACAGAGAUGGCCCCUUGCUCCGACCUGCCUCUUUACAGAAGCAGGAGAGCACUGGAGCAGAGACCUCCGACACAGCAGCAACUGUGGUUCCAGUGACACAGGCUCUGGUUGCCGAAAGGUGGGGGGUGGGGUGGGAUAGUUUGGGGCGGGCAAUGCUUCGAGCAGCCAAGGAGACUGGAGUGGUGGUGAGGGGCUUUCAACCAGACGCUGUUGUCCCUCUUUCCCAAUACCAAACCCUGCUUCUGGAACAGCAGCAGCAGCAGCAGAAGCAGCAGCAGCAGCAGAAGCGGCAUGAGCAACGGUCAAAGAAAGAGGGGGUUGGGGAGGAGGUGGGGGAAGGGGAGCCGGAGGAGGAGGAGCAAGAACUGAACCCCCGGCGAGGACUAGAGGAAGCAGGUGAUGCGGCAAGCAGAACUAGAGACACGGCGGAACCCGAAAGAGCUACGACUGAUUAUCAAGGAGUGGCCAAGCUAAAACCCAGGUCUCUCACCACCAACACCAGCUUCGCAGGAAGCAGAAACCGAUUGUCUGCUGUAGCUGUGGUAACACUUCCCACACAGCCUAGCAGUGUUGGAACCCCUUACACGCAAGGAGGGACAGGUGCGCCAGCAUCACUUGUGAGAAAGUUAAGUGCUGCAGAUUUGUGGGAGGUGGAUGAGGACCUGGCGUGUAGAGAGGUUGUAUGCUCUUGUAUUGCAUUAUGAUGAGGAGGACAUCUUCAGCAUUCCUAGUGGUGUACUGUUCUCCUUUCUAAGGUGUAAUUACAUGUUACAUGCCGGUAUGAAUCAUCAUUCCCAGU